CGCAGAACUUGUUGGUAUGACUUCAGCGUCAAUAGAAAAAGGUCUUAAAGCAAAACCACAAUCUACAUAACACUGCAUGUCGCUUCACAACCAAUCUUCACCCUGCAGGCGCAUAGGCAAACAGCCAUGGCGGACCCUGAAAUCGCUUCUCGGCUCGAAAGACUUUUAUAUUUAUACACCACAGACUCGAUCACUUUGACAGACAGGCAACAAGAAGAGCCAUUAGAGAUUAGGAAUCUACCCGAUGCAUCUCCGGAGGUCACUCACUGCGUGCGAGAUGAGAGGGAUAUCGCACAAGACUCCAAAAGAAAUACCAUCCGAGUCUCCGCCCAACUUCUUCAAAAGGUUGAACAGUUGGCCCUGUCGCCCCUCUCGUUUCUUGAUCCCAAGUCUUCAGGAUUCCACGAGGCUGAAAGCAUAGAAAAGACUGCCCUUUCAGCCAGAAGGCUAGGUUUGAUGAAAUCUUCCACAACGCCGAUGACUCACCACCUAAACGAAGGAACAUAUACUGGGUUAGAGAAGGCCAGGCUUAUUACAGUCUCGGAGAGAAAUUUGGCCUUGGGUCACUGUUUUACGACGGAUUCAAGAUUACAAAGGCCCUUUGCAGCCAACGCCUUUGAUGAAUAUAUGUCUAAUCUGGCAAGCAAUGGGCUAGAAGAUUUCUCGAAAUCACUUGAAGAGCCGGCAAAGGUCAUUGCUGAGACCAUUGAAAAUUGGUACAAAUUGAGGGGUCUUAUCAACACGAAGGAAAGCACAGCCGCAACAGAGAGAGCACUCGAAGCUACAAGUCACAGGAGCCAGACAGAGAAACUACUGGGCUCCUCGCCAACGGCCACCACUCCUCGUGCAGUUCAUCAAAUGCAACACAUAGAUUCUAUACCUUUCCAGGCAAGGGCGUUAAACAAUGGCAUGACCUACGCACAACAACAACCGCCAUACGGCCAGACAUUUCUUUCUGCUUGGCCUCGAUAUGAUGCAAGCUUUAUCACAAACACUUCGUUCCAUCCCAGUCAAGAAGGCGUCGAACAUGCGAAUCAUCAUCCACUUGAAACAGGAUCUUUCAGAGUUUGCGAAUCCAAAGAGGGCUCAAAUGGCGGGAAGAUGAGUAUACAGUCGAUGAUAAGCACCCAAAGACCGCAAAAGUCGAGACUGGAGAGCACAUUCCCAUCGAUUCCACCCUCGCAACAGGAGGGCUCCUGCACUAAUAGCCCCUGGCAAUACAAUGUUCCACUGGAGGAUAUUGAGUUGCUCGUCAACCUCUCACGAGCUACCCGACCGAUGGCAGUACAAAAUUCUCUUUAAGACGCGUGGGGACCGUUGAGAUGAAAGUUCAAAACCAGGACUCGGAAACUCCAACCUCAGAGGCUUGUAGGUUUCUGUCUUCUCCUGAUCAGAGGUGAAUCUGGCCAAGACCUGAUGCAAACCGCACGCCUUACCUCAAUCUGUUACGAGGGGCUACUGUAAGAAUUUCAUUGGCUAUAUUUACUGUAUCAAUUGGUUAUUUGUGAGCCUGUUCGAAGUGGUUUGUACUACGCGUUGUCUGAC